UUGAGAUAGGGUAUUUCUAUGUAGCCCUAGCUGUCCUGAAACUUACUAUGUAGACCAGGCUGGCCUCGAACUCACAGAGAUCCACUUGCCUCUGCCCCGGAGUGCUGGGAUUAAAGGUGUGCGCCACCACCACGCCUGGCUCUGGUCUUGCAGUGUUGUUACCUACCCAGGCUCACUCUCUUGGCCAGUAUUUCUGUGUAGAGGUGAUCCACCUCAGUUAGUGGGCAUUUAAGUGAAUGCUGAAUCUGGGGCUUCAGGACUUAAACGUUUGCAUUUAAAACUUUUGAGAAGCAAUAUGCCCUCUGUCAAACUGCCCCAUCUUAGUGGCCUGUCCGUCAUCUCCUCCCCUCCCCCCCCACCCCCAUCUACUGAGUCUGGCCCUCUCUACUCCCUUCUACGCACUCUGCCCCCUCCCACCUUGGCCAACACUGCAGUGUGAGGCAAUCACUCCAUCCUUGACCCUCCACACGGUGACUGAUGGCUUUUUUAUCUCCAAGCGAUGAUGCACAGCCUUCCGCUGGAAGCAUUUAAGGCAGAGCGCUUGAUUCAAGCCACAGCUGCAGGACUCAAGACCUUGAGCGGCUCAGGAAGAACAAGUCCUUGAUUGCAGCCACAAUUACAGGGCUGCCACAUCUGCCAGGAAAGCAUGUUACUCGCCACAUUUAAGCUGUGUGCCGGGAGCUCCUACCGACAUGUGCGGAACAUGAAAGGACUGAGGCACCAAGCCAUGCUGGCCAUUGGCCAGGAGCUGAACCGGACACUGGGGGACCCCAGCCCUGGAUGGAUCAGUCAGGUUCGGCGUCGGAGCUCACUGCUUGGUUCUCAGCUGGAAGCCACACUCUACAGUGAGCAGGAGCUGUCCUACAUCCAGCAGGGAGAGGUGGCCAUGCAGAAGGCCUUAGGCAUCCUCAGCAACCAGGAAGGCUGGAAGAAGGAGAACCAGCAGGAAAAUGGGGAUGAAGUGCUAAGUAAAGUAAUCCCAGAUGUAGGCAAGGUGUUUCGGUUGGAGGUGGUGGUAGACCAGCCCAUGGACAGACUCUACGAAGAACUGGUGGACCGCAUGGAGGCAAUGGCAGAGUGGAACCCAAAUGUCAAGGAGAUCAAGGUCCUGCAAAAGAUUGGCAAAGACACAGUCAUCACCCAUGAGCUGGCUGCGGCAGCAGCGGGCAACCUGGUGGGGCCCCGUGACUUCGUGAGCGUGCGCUGUGUCAAGCGCAGAGGCUCCACCUGUGUGUUGGCAGGCAUGGCCACACUCUGUGGGGAGAUGCCCGAACAAAGCGGUGUCAUCAGAGCUGAACAGGGUCCCACCUGCAUGGUGCUUCACCCACUGGCUGGAAGUCCCUCAAAGACUAAAUUCACUUGGCUGCUCAGUAUUGACCUCAAGGGGUGGCUGCCAAAGACCAUCAUCAACCAGGUCUUAUCGCAAACCCAGAUGGAGUUUGCCAACCACCUGCGCAAGCGCCUGGAGUCCAGCCCUGCCUCUGAGGCCCGGUGUUAAGGACCGUACCCACGACAUCAACCUGCAUGCCACCAGCAGACCCCCGCAGGAAGCCUGCAAGUCUCUUUCAAAUCUUCAGUGGAUGACAACAGGGGUGUCAGUGUCAUCGGACACUAGGACUGGCUGGUAAAAACGUGACCAUCAGGAAAACAGUGAUGAAGCCCAGAGGACAAGACCUCUGGCCUCCCCACCCAUUAGCUGUGAAGCAGAGGCUAAGGGAUAAACAUCUGGUAAACCUUUCUUCCAGGCUCGUAUAUGCUCACUUAAAAAAUCCUGCUCAAAAUGCCAGUAGCUGAUGUGGCAAGGCGGGGUGCUAAGGAUCAGGAACUGUUGUCUUAUGAGCUCAAAAUGCCACUGCCUGAAGCAGUGUGUGCACAAUGCAAGGUUUUACCCAGGGAACUCCAGUGACCUUUUGCUCCUCCAUAAAAGGCCCAGAACAUCAAGCUACCCACAAAUGGACCCUUCCAGAGUAUGUAUUCUGUUUUCUCUAAGGAGAAACGAAACUAUUAUGCUGGCUUCUCUACUUAUUCCAUCACAAUAAAGCACCAUACAUGCAAAUUUCAGCUUGUACUUGUCAAGUCCUACUCUACAGAAUCUGUGCUGGGAGUCACAGCUUCAUUAGAGUUCUGGACCAAGACUGUGGGUUUGAAUUUCCUAGUUCAUCAAAGGGAACAACACUUCUGGAGAUUUAUCAUUGGAUUGUUUAGACUCUUUCCUAAAAAUGUAAUUUUCUAACAAACACAGCUCUAAAUUAGUUCUUAAAGAACUCUAGCCUAAAGCCAGUAUGAUGGCACAUGCCUUUGAUCCCAGCACUCGGGUGGCAGAAAUAGGUGGGUCCCUGUAAUACUGAGGUCAGCCUGGUCUACAUCGGAUAGCCAGAGCUACACGGUGAGACCCUGUCUCAAAAAUACAAAAACGGGUUGGAGAGAUGUCUCAACAGUUAGGAGCACUGGCUGCUCACUAGGGGAUACAGGUUCAAUUCCCAGCAACACACUGCAGCUCACAACUGUAAUUCCAGACCCAGGGAACCUCUUCUGUGGGCACCAGGAACACACAUGGUACACAGACAUACAUACAAAUAUGCAGGCUGAACACCAUAAUCAUUUAAAAAAGAAACUCUAGUCAGGUAUCAUGGCUCAACAGCUGUAAUCUCAACACUCCAAAUGACAACACAGGUGAAUUGCCCUAAGUUCCAGGCAAGCUUGAAGCACUGUGAGACCAGCUCACAACAAACAAACAGAAACUCUUUAGAGCUGUCAGUUAAGAUUCAUAGCCCUAAAAGAGGAAGAUGAUAACAGGGCUUUCAUUUAUCUAAUUAAAAGGGUAAUACCAAAUAAGAAAUACUGACCAAUAAUGCUAAGAUAAAGUAACUAUGUGUAUUAUUUAUGAGGUUAGUUACAAAUACAGAUUAGAUAGAUGGCAGCUUGGCUAAGAGCUAGCAACUUUAUUUGAAGAGCUUAAAAUAUUACCAUUUGGGAAGAGAAGAUAUCUAGAAGGCAAUAUGGUGAUAACAAAUUUCUGUUCCAGGAGCCAGAGAAAUUAUGCUUUAAAGAUUUAAGUUGGGGGCCAGCAAAAUGACUCAGUGUGUAAAUGUUUGCCACCAAGCCUGAUGACUGGAGGGUGACUCCUGGACCCCACAUAAAGGUGGAAGGAGGGAACUGAAAAACUGAUUCCACAGAACUUCCUGACCUCCACGCAUUUACAUUCACACCCAUACUAAAAAUCUUGCACAUAGGGGCUGGAGAGAUGGCUCAGAGGUUAAGAGCACUGACUGCUCUUCCAGAGGUCCUGAGUUCAAUUCCCAGCAACCACAUGGUGGCUCACAACCAUCUACAAUGAGAGAUCUGGCACCCUCUUCUGGCCUGCAGUCAUACAUGCUGUAUACAUAAUAAAUAAAUAAAUCUUUAAAAAAAAAAAAAAAUCUUGCACAUAAAUACAUAUAUACUGGAAUUCCUUUGUUGAAUGUGUUAAGGAUGGGAAAAAAACCCAACUAUUACGACUAAAGCUUUUUACUGGGUAGGCAGCAAGCACUUUUAUCUGAAGUGCCGUCUCGCCAGCCCAUUUUCCAUCUUUAGCAAAGAAUUUUAGCUUAUUUAAGAGUAAAGCAGAAGCAGUGUGAACACUUAUUUAUUGAAGUUUUAAGAUUUAACAACUGGUAUUUAUUAUAACUCAUUCUGAUUGCUUCCAGUCUACUUUGGACACAGGUAAGACUGUUGCUCAUCCAGGAGCUUCAGGGUGAGGAAGGGCAGUUGUAGGGCUUUUCUGACAGAACCGUCAUGAUCAGCUAAGGGAACGCAGUCACUUGCUGAGUCAGUCCAACACCAAGUAUGCUGGCUUCGAGAGAAAAGGCCAAUGGUGAAGAAAAGGCCCUUUAGCAAACACUCAACUAUCAUUUGCUCCUUCACACUCUGUAACUGUAUCUUUGUGCUGUCUGAGAUGUUUUACCCCUUUGUUUAAUUUUACAUUUGAAUAAAACUAAUUGUCAAUGGUAAUCUCAUUAUAGGCAACUAUAGAUGGGUAGUUAUUUUUUGAAUCUUUCAAAUGAAACUUAUUAACACAUGCAAGUUCACAACUGUA